GCAGCAGCUUUGUGAAGCACAUGUGCGGAAAUAGUGGAUGAAAAAGCGGUUUGAUCCUCUGCGACAUGUCAGAUUGACAUCUGCACCUGUAAGAAGGAGCGAAAGAAAUACACUGUUUAUCCCCGUCUCCUCCGCAAGGACACCGGAUAACCGGAUAACCGGGACGUAUCUCUAGAAAAAGAUGGAUCUUCACGAUAAGGAAAACCUGCCUGCAGAGAUUUUGCCCGUGGUGAUCGUCGGUAACGGCCCGUCGGGGAUCAUCCUGUCGUACCUGCUGUCCGGCUACACCCCCUACCUGUCGGCCGAGGCGUGGCACCCCAACCCGCUGCUGCACAGCAAGCUGGGAGAGCAGCCGCACCUGUCGCUCCUGGAGCAGGACCUGGAGUACCUGUGCGAGGGGCUGGAGGGCCGAUCGUCCAACCCCGUGGCCGUGCUGUUCGACUCGCUGCUGCUGCCGGACAGUGACUUCGGGCUGGACCACACGUCGCCGCUGGAGUGGCGGUUCGAGCCGGAGCGGGCCGUCCCUCACCUGGUGCUGGGGAAGGGCCCGCCCGGGGGAGCCUGGCACGCCAUGGAGGGCUCCAUGCUGACGCUGAGUCUGGCCGACUGGAUGGAGCUUCCCGGGCUUAAGCUGAAGGACUGGAUGAGAGACAAGCGCAGGAACGUGAGGAACGAUCGCGCCACGCCUGCGGAGAUAGCGUCCUACUACCAGCACUACGUGUCCCAGAUGUCCCUGGAGCAGAACUUCGCCUGCUGGACCACGGUUACCUCGGUAACCAGGCAGCCCGGUAGCAAGGAGGGGUCGCCGCCCUGCUGGAGGGUGACGGGACUGCAGCGGCGGGAGGGCGAGGUGCUGGGAGACGGUUCUGCGGUUCCGGAGGAGGAGCCGUUCUCUGUUCUGGCCCGGAAUGUGGUGCUGGCGACGGGAACGCACGACAUCCCGGCCCGGCUGGGCGUGGACGGCGAGUCGCUGCCCUUCGUCUGCCACUCCUUCUGGGAGCUGGAGGCGGCCAUCUCCCGCGGCGAGCUGGACCCGCUGUCGGAGCCGGUGCUGGUGGUGGGGGCGGGGCUGACGGCGGCCGACGCCGUGCUGGCCGCCCACCACCUCAACACGCCCGUGUACCACGCCUUCCGCCGCUCCGUCACCGACCCGGGCCUCAUCUUCAACCAGCUGCCCAAGCUGCUCUACCCGGAGUACCACAAGGUCCACCAGAUGAUGAUCCAGCAGCAGCACCAGCCCGGCUCCGGCCCCUCCUCGGCUCCGCCCCCUCCGUCCUCCUCCAGCUCCCCCCCGUCCAACCCGUCCUCCUACCCCGGCUACCUCAGCUUCCCGCGCCACCGCGUCGUGGCGUUCCAGCCCAACCGGAAGUGCGUGCUGGAGUCGGACUCCGGCGAGCGCACGGCGGUCCAGGUCUCCAAGGCGCUGGUUCUGAUCGGUGCCCACCCCAACCUCUCCUUCCUGGAGGACAACGGCCGCUCGCUGGGCAUCAGCCCGGACGAGCCCAUCACCUGCCGCAGGAACCCCAUCGACGUCGACCCGUUCACGGGGAGGGUGGAGGCGGCGGGCGGGCCGGAUGGGCCCGACGGGCCGGGCCUGUACGCCAUGGGCCCGCUGGUGGGCGAGAACUUCGUCCGCUUCCUGAAGGGAGGAGCGCUCGCCAUCGCCAGCGACCUUUCGAAGAGACGGAGGGACGGCUGGCUGGACAGACGCUGGACGGAGAUCCUGGACUCGUAGCGGGUCUGGACCGAAUCCACGAGACCUAAGAGAAGCCGCGUCCCCAGAACUCUCCGAGUCGGACGCGGUGCUGAUGCGAUCAAUCAUGUGACCUGACAUGUGACCUCAGGACUGGACCGGUCCGACCCGCGCAGGUCCAGGUCCUCGUCUCAAGAGAAGCAGAGAAAUGUGAUUAAUCAGAUUUUAGUACAAUUCUGCAUAAAAACACAGCGAUUUAUUUUGACGGAUCUUCUUAACUUCCAUGACACACGAAGAGUCCCGGCGCCGUUUCCUGCUCGCUGGAGGCGGAGCUUGAUCUGGCGUCAGACGACGGACAGACGGGCGGGCCGAGCGGCCGCUGCAGGCGGGGCUGAGCUCCCCCGGCGGGCCGCAGUCAGGACGCUACUUCCUGUUCAGAGUUUAAUCAGCCAGCAUCUCGCGUGACAGGGCCGGCGGGCGUCGACACGGCAACGCCAGCCUGUUUAGCAGGGAGGAUGAUAAACUUGUUACAGUCCAGUUACAUGUACAUUUUCUUCAACACUAAACUGUCGUGAAUCACUCACUUCUUUCUUUCUUUUUGUCACAUUUUGUGAAUCUGGAGGGUUUUUUAUUAUGUAACUACUCACUUUGCAUAUUUGUACAUCUUUGUUGACCUUUUAAAGUAUUUUAUACAUAUUGAAUAAAGAAAGAUGAAAACAG